UCCUGGUUGAUCGCUACUCGCGACGUCUCACUUCUGGUUCAGUUCACUGGGAAAGGAAAUCGUACUGCCAAUCUGGUAUUGGAUAUGCUUUCAUCUUCAACCGAUUCGACCGAGGGCCGAAACCGAAUACCGAAGCAAUGAUUGAUAAAAGGGUAAAGAACACCAGCACACAGCGUUCUUCACACGGAGCAAGUUACCAUCUUCAGGUGCGUCCUCUGUCAUUCGAAGACUAUCACGAUGGCCGAAAAGACACCACCAGGGAAUCCUCCGAACCCUGCCGUCACAGGUGAAGCAGGAAGUACCGACUAUCAGGGACAUGUUGCGUCUGAAGAACAAGCCGUAGCUAUCGAAACGCAGAAAGAAGUCAAGGAACCUCCACAACCAACAUAUAACAAUCCUGGCCCACCACCGAAUGGCGGCCUUCAAGCGUGGCUUCACGUUGCAGGCGGCUUCAUGUUGUUCUUCAACACGUGGGGUCUUCUCAACACCUUCGCCUUCUUCCAAACAUACUACGAAUCUGGCGCACUCUUCCAUGAGUCAUCCUCGAAUAUCUCAUGGACAGGUUCAAUACAGGCGUUCUUGGUCUUACUGAUGGGUACUCUCACCGGACCAAUCUACGACAGAGGGCACCUGCGAGCACUCCUCUGUUUUGGCAGUUUCUUCAUCGUCUUCGGCCUGAUGAUGCUCAGUAUAUGCAAGACAUACUGGGAGGUCCUGUUGGCACAAGGCUUCUGCGUCGGAAUAGGCGCAGGAUGCCUUUUUGUACCUUGUGUGUCGGUCCUUCCCACAUACUGGAGCACGAAGUUGGGCCUUGCCGUCGGACUUGCUACAUCCGGCUCUUCACUGGGCGGCGUCAUCUACCCGAUCGUCCUGUACCGGUUGAUUGACCAGAUUGGAUUUCCAUGGUCUGUUCGAGUCGUGGGGUUUAUAGCCCUUGGCACAUUGCUCGUCCCGAUUACUGUGAUGAAGAUGCGUGUCCGGCCGCCCAAGCCAAGAGCUCUCAUUGACUGGACCGCCUUCAGAGAUAUCGAAUACAUGACAUUUGUACUGGCAACAAUGAUGUCCUUCAUGGGCCUCGCUGUUGUCCUGUUCUAUUUGCCCUACUAUGUGGAGGAACGACGCAUGACAAGUCCAGGAUUAGUGUUCUAUAUUGUCUCCAUCUUCAAUGCUGGGUCUUGUAUAGGUCGUGUGGCGCCGAAUGCUCUUUCUGACAAGAUUGGGCCGCUCAACAUCAUCACGCCUAGUGCAAUCAUCACGGGUGUCUUGCUGCUGUGCAUGAUCCCAAUCAAGCAUGAAGCAGCCGCUAUUGUCAUGGCCAUUCUGAGUGGGAUCUUCAGCGGUGUUUUGAUUGCCCUGCCGCCCGUCUGCUUCGUCUCUCUGAUCAAGAACAAGUCGUUGAUCGGUACGAGGAUUGGUAUGGGCUUUGGCAUGAUUGGAUUGGGUUUGCUUGCUGGAGGACCCGGUGCUGGGGCCAUUUUAGGCGACAACGCUCCAUUCAAAUGGACUGGGUUGUGGGUGUUUGGUGGUGUCCUGGCCUGCGCGGGCGGCUUGAUGUAUGCUGGUCUUAGAGUUGCUCGCCUUGGGUUCAAAUUGAAUGUGAAAGGGUGAUGGAAAUACUCAUGUGGGUCUGGAAUUGUUCAACUCCGCACCUCACUCACAAGGCUUCGAACAUCUCAGCGUAGGUUUGGACAUAGAUAGCCUGCUGCUGCAGUAUAGAUCUCAUCUCCCCAAUCAAAUCCUGGUACCAAACAUAUAUUGCAAUCUCUCGGCCCCUGUACGAAUCUUAGUCAGCCUUGUCCUCAUUCCCGAUGCUCAUUGGCCUCAUCGACAUCCUUGUCAUGUACACGCAACCUGAAUCCAUCUUUGUCUCACAUGUUGCAUAUUCCCAACAUAUUCCAUGUCAACAGGAUAUUCCUGCUGUUCGCUACAAAUA